GCCGGCUUGAGUUCGAAUGCUGUUUGUAAGAAAGAAUUGCCAUUUUUGUACUAAUCAACCUAUUCAGCAAAAAAUAAAAAGUCUUGUGAAUUUUGUACAAUUUAGUGAAUAAGUAUUAAAUAUAGUUUUGUUUGGCUUUACGUUACGAAAUUUUGAUUGUAUAAGUCUCAAAUUAAUUAAUAAUAAUGAGUAAAAAAUCAGAAACUGCGGUUGAAAGCGAAGCAGAAGAACAAUUCUCUGUGGAAAAAAUAGUUGACAGGAGGGUAAAAAACGGUAAAGUCGAGUACUAUUUAAAAUGGAAAGGAUAUGGCGAUGCAGACAAUACAUGGGAGCCCGAAGAAAACUUAGAUUGUCCUGAUCUUAUUAAAGAAUUUGAAGAAAAUCGUAAAGCAAAGGAAGCCGAAAAGAAAAAAGAAGAAUUACAACAAGCUAAAAAACGAAAAUCAACGUCAACGCCAACGCCAGAUCAAAAACCAGCAAAAAAAAAGUUGCCAGAUGAUAAAAAAUUACAAGGUUUCGAUAGAAAUUUAGAACCAGAACGUAUUAUCGGUGCAACAGAUAGUUCAGGUGAAUUAAUGUUUUUGAUGAAAUGGCAAGGAACAGACGAGGCUGAUUUAGUGCCUGCUAGACAAGCGAAUAUCAAAUGUCCACAAAUUGUAAUAAGAUUUUAUGAAGAAAGGCUUACAUGGCAUACACCGUCAUUAGAUGAUGAAAAGGCUGAUGCAGAACAAUGAACAAUAAACAAACAUUCGAUUCGAAACAAUUCCCCUACUAACUAUUUUAAUGUCCUUUUCUAAGUUAAACAAGUUCACUCAAUUUAUUUUUUGUACAAUAUCAUUUAUCGAUCAACCUGUGUAGCAUUAUUUUCUUUGAUUUAAG